AUGUCAAUGAGCACUUUUAACGCCGAAGAAGCUGAUAACUUAGAAGAUAUCGAGAGACAAUUUGCUGUCGUUGCCGUUGAACAAGCAGAAACCUACUGGAACCUAUUAACUAAAAUUAAAGGUUCUAAAUUACGUUUAACUAAAUUUGAUGAUGACAUAUAUAAUACAUUUAUUCAACAUUUCCCAGAAUAUCAAGAUAUUGAAAGAGUGAAAAAUUUCAAAGAAGAAGAAUUAAAGUCAAAGGAGCAAAAAGUUAAAUGGAGAAAGUUCUGUGGAGAAUUUGAAGAAAAUGUUGAAGAUUACAAUUUUGGUACUCUAUUAAGAACUAGUGCCAACGACGAAUAUGGUCAAGAAGGUACUAUCUUCGUUGUCAGAAUUCAAUUUUAUGCUUUUGAAAUUGCUAGAAAUAGAGCAGGUUUGAAUGACUGGAUCUGUGGUAAAUAG